AUAAAGCUUCGAAGUAUUUAAAGUUUCUCAUUCACGUUUGGUGCAGUACGUUGGUUGGUCGAUCAAAUAGACGGCUGUCGAGUCAACUACAAGUUCUUCUUAUAGCCACAACGUUUAGAAUCCAUAAUUUCUCAUCCCCGAUAUUAACAUGAAGAUGCUGAUUUUGUUCGCUGUUUUCUGCGGCAUGGCCUUUGCGAAUGGCCCCUCUCAUCAAGCUGGCGGCGGACAAUCCUUCAACGCACCACCUCAACCCUAUCAGCCACCAGCUCAGGCGUUCCAGACACCACCUCCAGCCCAACAGCAGUACCAGCCUCCUGCUCAAACUUACGAAACGCCAGCACCUCCACCUCCUCCACCAUCAGUCUACGAGACCCCAGCGCAAACAUACCAGACUCCGGCACCAGCUUACAGUCCUCCUCCACAGACCUACGAAACCCCAGCGCCCGUCUACAGCCCUCCUCCACCGACCUACAACACUCCAGCACCAUUGUACCAGCCUCCUCCACAGUCCUAUGGUGUCCCAUCAGUUCAACAAGGCCGCUAUCGUCGCUCAGCUGGGCACAAGUUUGGGAAGAAGCAUGGCAAGAUUCAACACUGACAGUGUUCUAGAAUCGACGUAUGAUAUGAAAGCUACAAAUUUUACUUUGUGCACCUCUGGAAAUUUUUGUAUGUUCAUUAUGACGACAGAUAAAUUAUUACUUCUGC